AUGCUCAAAGUAGGCUCGUGGUUAUAUGGCAAAAAGGCCGGCGUCAAUGCCUCGACGCAAUCUUUGGACUCGUUGGUUGAAUUGCGGGAUCUUGAGGAUGCUAUGCGGGCUGCAACUCUUAUCUUGAACGAUGACGUUGACGGAGCCGAAGAUGGUUUGUCGGAAGGAAUCUCGUCUUUUCACAAUCUUGGUCGAGGAGUUGUUGCUUUUAUUCGGGCGACACUGGGGUUUGAACAGGAGAUUAUGCGCCAAGCAUCGGAACGACUGAAUACGGCCGAAACCAGUGCAGCUAGUGAUCAGAGCAGGGCUCAGCACAACUCCCAUGCCCCCAAUAGUUAUCACUCAGCGAUAUAUUCGCCGGGCACCGAGUUCGCGCUCUGCCAGGCAAUGGCACAACUCAUGAGUGCUGUUGUAGGCGUGCUCAAUGAAAGUCUUACGGAAAGUAUCAAAGGCUUUUAUAAAAUGAGGAAGGCGUAUUUAGCGCUGGACAACAUCCUGAAAAUGGAGCAAGCAUUCAUGCAAACGAAAAAUUCUGGUGAUACGUCUCCAGCAGACCAGGGAGAAGCUCCCAAGCCCCUCCCUACCGCUAAUGUUGAGGCUAAGGGAUUAUCGCAAAGGCUAUCUGACCUAAGUGUCUCCCAGGAAAGCAGUGUAUCUGAGAGCUCAGCAGAUCCCAGUCCUGCGGAUAUGCUUAGCCAUGAUCCCGAUUCGGAUAUUUUUAAGAACCAAAUCGAUGUCUUCGUGCAUUCUGGGUCCAACUUUUGCUUUGGAAUUCUUCUUGUUGUUAUAUCCAUGGUCCCUCCAGCCUUUAGCAAGCUUCUGAGCAUCAUUGGGUUCUACGGAGACAAAGAGAGGGGCUUGAGGAUGCUAUGGCAAGCUAACCCCGUUCCUGGAGAACAGGGCGAUGUGCAAGGUUAUCCUCAGAAGAGACUCGAAGCCCUAUUAGCGCUGAUGAGGCAGCGGUUUCCCAAAAGCCAACUCUGGCUGCUCGAAGAGUCUAGGAUGGAAGGAGCAAACAAAAAUCUGGAGAGAUCCCUGGAACUUCUAUGCGGUAAUGAGAAAAGCCCGCUCAAGCAGGUCGAAGCCUUGCGUGUGUUUGAGCGAAGCUUGAAUGCGAUGUAUUUGCAUAGGUACGAAUUGUGUGCGGAGUCAUUCCUGGAGUGUGUCGAAUUGAACUCCUGGUCUCGCUCAUUAUAUUAUUAUAUUGCAGGGGCGUCGCAUCUCUCACUAUACCGAAGCACUAUCGUAUCGGACCCUAAACAGGCAGAGGAACACGCACUAAAGGCUACUGAAUACUUCCGAACGGCGCCACCAUUGGCCGGAAAGAAGCGGUUCAUGGCACGGCAGUUGCCUUUCGACGUCUUCGUGGCUCGAAAAAUCGCCAAGUGGGAGGCCCGCGCGAAGGAGUGGGGCGUGAGCCUUGUGGACGCCGUUGGUGUUGAUCCCAUCGAAGAGAUGAUCUUCUUCUGGAACGGACAUAGCCGGAUGACGCAAGAAGAGCUCGAAGAAUCAAUGCAGAAGCUCGCCUGGUCUGAAAGUGAUGAAAAUAAGACUUGGUCUCGAGAAGGCCCCGAAGAGAAGACAAUCUUACAGCUUCUGCGGGCUGCGGUCUUGCGCGCGAUGCGUAAACAUGAGGAGGCCAGAAACCUGCUCAAAGACUCUGUCCUUAACCAUGACAAGGUGCUAUUCACGGGUCAUCUCAAGGACAACUGGAUUCAUCCCGUGGCUCAUUUCGAGAUGGCGGCUAACCUCUGGAUGGAACGCCCGAAUUAUAUCGCCGCUAACGAUGCUCCCGCUACCGAGGUGUUUAAGGUGGCCAGCGGCGAGGAAGCCACACAGCUUGAAAGGCAGAAGGUGCGGGAAUGCAAGGAAUACCUUGAGAAAGCUGCCAGGUGGGAGAGCUACGAGCUUGACGCUCGUAUUGGUCUGAAAGUGACCGCUGCCAUGGAGGCAGUGCGCAAGUGGGAGAAUACACACUCUACUUCUACCAACUGA